AUGACGAGAAAUGGGCAGAUUAGUGCGCAAGAGGACAACAACCAGGAAGAAAGAGACGUACGAGAGAACAAGAGAGGUUUCAGACAUGGAGAGCAACAUCAUAGAAAGAGUUUGACAAAAAGCUGUGCUCGAGCAUAA